GAAGUCUGUGUGUUUACACCUCUUUGUUGGUUUGCAGCAAGCAGCCUGUAGUCAACUGCCCCCUGUCAGAGUGGGAGACAUGUUUGUGUGAGCCAUACCUGGACAGGGAGUCUCGUAUAUUUAAGUAGCGCCCCUUGUAACGAAUAUUUUAUUGAGAUCAGAAUUGGUUAGAGAAUGCCCAGCUCCCGGGGCUGUCGGACCAGAUUAGUGAUCUCCCUACACUCAAUUGAGUAAAACUGUCCAGAAAGGAAAGGUAUCAUUCUGUCAACUGUUGAAAGGAAACAAAAUGUUGACCUGUAUGCCGCCGAGUUUCAACCUUUUUGUUAGUGUUUUUUUACUCGGCUUCUCCGUAUACAUUAACGCCAGCCAAAACUCAACAGCUGAAUUCAAUGUGUCACACACACCAUCACUCAACAAUUCUAAUGGGACUGACCCUUAUCCAGAAGUCAUGAAUAAAACAGGAGGUCCUUCUAUUAGCGCAUAUCAAAGUCUUAAUAUAAAAACCAAACCCAAACCCGACUCAGUGGGCAGCCAAGAAGCACCGGAACACGCCACUUCCGGUCUACUCACGCGACAUUCAUCAGGCAAACCAAAGAAGCACAUCUUUUGCUACUAUGGCUCGUCGGCCAACUCUCGUCCUGAACUGGGCAAAUUCUGGCCUGAAAAUAUUGAUCCGUUUCUCUGCACACAUUUAAUUUUUGCUUUUGUUGACAUCACGGAGGAUGGGACAGGCCUGAGGCCAAACAACUGGAACGAUCUAGGAGAAAAUGGCUUGUACGCCAGAACGAUGAAACUGAAGGUGAAAAAUCCAGACCUGAAGAUUCUGUUAGCGGUGGGUGGCUGGAAGAUUGGGUCAACGCCCUUUCUACCUGUGAUAGAAAGUGAAGCAACAUGGAAAACCUGGGCACAGAAUGUCAUUCUUUACCUCAGAAAGUUUGGUUUUGAUGGUUUUGAUAUGGACUGGGAGUUUCCUGGUUGGAGAGGAAGUGGACCUGAGGAUCGCCACAAGUUCACAUUAAUGAUGAAGGAAUUGUAUGAAGGAUUUGCAGAGGAAUCCAAAUCUUCUGGCAAGGAGAGACUUCUCCUGACCCUUGCAGCAGCCUCUAGCGCCUUCUAUGUGGAGAAAUCAUAUGAGCAGAGUGAGAUACACAAGUAUAUUGACUACAUGCUGCUUAUGACCUACAACUACCAUGGCUCAGGCUGGGAGAAGCAAACAGGACACCACAGUCCUCUCCUGCCACACCCACUUGACCCAGAGGGUGAGCAGAGAGAGCUGUAUAUAUUGUGGUCUGUGAAGUACUGGCUGAACCACGGCGUGCCAAGAGAGAAGAUUGUUAUAGGUCUAGCAACAUAUGGGCUGGGCUGGAAGUUGGUAGACGAGACAAAAACAGGCGUACGGGCACCAGCAGAUGGCGGCAACACUAAAGGAAAGUACACAGAGGAAUCUGGCAUUCUGUCUCAUUAUGAGAUUUGUGAACACAUCCUUAAUGAUGGCUGGAAGGUGGAGUGGAUAGAAGAACAGAAAGUGCCAUAUGCCUAUGGUCAAGGCGAGUGGAUUGGCUUUGAUUCACCUGACAGCUUCUACCUCAAGGCUAUCACUAUCAUCAAAGAGGGGUUGGCUGGUGCUUUUGUCUGGUCAGUUGAGAUGGACGACUUUAAUGGACACUGUGGAGGGCCAAAGUAUCCCAUGUUGAGGACAAUUUAUGAAGUCUUCACCCAAUCUUCCAGUGUCAGUAACCUAAAGCUGUCUGACAUCAAGUCUGACCUGUCAGGUAUCAAAUCUGACCUGCCCAGCAUCAAGUCUGAAUCAGCGUCUCUCCACUCACAUGGAGAUCAUCAUUCAGCGUCUGCCGCUGCAUCUGGUGCCCACGAUCAUUCCUCAGAACACACGCAUGACGGAUCUCACUCAUCAGAACACACACAUGACGGGUCUCAUGAGGAGAUGGCAGACUACAAUGUUAAUGAUGAAGGGACAGCCAUAGACUUUGACUGCCACAGUUCUGGUCUUGGAAUUCACCCAGACCCAAGUUCUUGCCACCAUUUUAUUUUGUGUACGCCAUCCAGUCAGAGUGAAAUGGGAGCCUUUAAAAUGAGCUGCCCGUCAGGGACAUUGUAUGAUGCUCACCUCAAGAUCUGCAAUCACCAGCACAAUGUACACUGCGUGCAUGACUAAACUUACAACAUAUUUCUUCUCAUUUUGUGUUCAUCUUCAUACCAGCAGUCCGUUUAUAACCUAGCAGAAAUGUGACCAUUGGACUUAAAUUUUAAAUUCUGCUUCUUAUCCUUGGAGGUGAAUAAAUGGUUUU